ACUUAAUCACUACCUCCAUUCACGUCCACUCAUGCCACCGAAACGAAAACUACGCGCCUCGUCACUCAAUGGCCUUGCUCCAGGACAGUUGCUCAAGAGAAACACGCUUCCAGGCAAUAUGCCAACGCCGUGGGCUUGGGUGGGCACCGAGGUGGCGACUUCCUCAGAGAUUACCCAAGAACAUCUUCUCGCAACCUGUGGGCUCUCUCGAAGAAACAAUUGCGCGUUCUGUCGGAAUAGAUACACACCAGGCUACCGUCGACCUUCACCGCCAGCACCUGACGAUGCAGAGGACGGCGUUAUCGUCAUUUCCGACGACGAGGAAUUUACGUGCAGCAAACAAUCUUGCAAAUACAAUCCCAACUGCCUCAAUUAUCUUGGUCAAGAACUAUGGGAGGAUGAAGAUCGCGCUAGAGAGGCAUUUCUCAAGGCCGCCAGCAUUGGCGACGAUCCUUUACUGAGCAGUCGGGAUCCAGACAUCCCUGUGGGGCUGAAAAACCUUGGAGCCACCUGCUAUGCAAAUGCAUCGUUGCAAGUAUGGUUUCGUGAUCUGGCUUUUCGAAAAGGUGUGUACGAGUGUCGACCGGCGGAAGGCUCCAAGGACAAGUUCAAGGAAUCCCCCAUAUUUCAGCUACAAGUAACUUUCGCCGCCCUACAAGAGGGCACCCAGUCCGUCUUUAACCCCGUCAAACUUGUAGAGAGUCUGCAGUUGCGAACAUCAGAACAGCAAGAUGCCCAAGAGUUCUCUAAGCUCUUUAUGUCUCAUCUUGAUGCAGAAUUCAAGAAACAAAUCAGUCCCUCGCUACGGUCGCUUCUUACCGAUCAAUUUCAAGGAAAUCAGGUCUAUGGGACUGUCUGUGAUACCUGUGGUUACAAAUCUGAACGGUCGUCUGACUUUUUGGAAAUUGAGCUCAGUUUCAAGAACAACGCAAAACUUGGCGAUUGCAUUGCAGCAACCCUGCAACCAGAGAAAUUAACGGGAGACAACAAAUACUUCUGUUGUCAAUGUGAUAGUCAUCGUGACGCUACACGCUAUGUUGAAUUGCGCGAAUUGCCGCCUGUUCUCCAUUUUUCCCUGCUGCGUUUUGUUUACGACGUAUCCACCAUGGAGAGAAAGAAGUCCAAAAACGCAAUUAUAUUUCCUGGUGUUCUCAACAUGAAUAAAUUCCUAGGAAAUGCCGAAUCGCGCAAAAGUGCGGUUCACGAUGAAAACGAUGAGGGCGUUUACGAGCUGCGCGGGGUGUUGUUGCACAAGGGUGCUAGCGCCUACCAUGGUCACUAUGAAGCGCAGGUUUUCGACAUCACAACUCGAUCCUGGUAUCAGUUUAACGAUGACGUGGUUACAAAGAUUGACAAGUUAGGAAACCCCGCUUCAGGCAAGCAAACUGUUGAUCUGGAGUCGGAUUCUGAAGUAAAACAAGAUUCGCCGCAAGGGAAGAAGAAGCGUGCGAAGGCUGCUAGACGAAAGCGUGUGGUUGAUGCCAGUGACGAAGAAAUCGACAGGACCCCCGAUGAGACCAAUAGCUCGAAUGCACUGGCUCUCAGCGAAAUCUCUUCCAAAGACGCUUAUAUGUUGAUAUAUGCUAAGCGUGAGGCUUCAAAAUCCGAACAAGGCGCCUCUGAUAAUACGCCAUUGGACCUUUUACCUUCUUCUGAUGUAUUGGAGGUUGUUAACACACUGAACGCAACGCAUGAUGAAGAAUGCGAGACAUUCUCCAUUAAGCAAAAAGCCGCUGUUGCUCAUUUCGAUGAAACGAGGCAUCGGGUCGUGGACAUCUAUCGUUCUUGGAGUGGAGCCUCUCUCAGUGAAGAUUCUGUGAUAGUCAGUCAACAGGCUCUGAAGAAGUGGCUCUUGACGGAUUCAAUAGCGGCUGCCGUUAAGACCACGAGUAAAUCACAGACGGCCGAACAUACUGACCAACUGCGGCAAACUGAAAUUCCAAACGAUGAGAUUGUCUGUCCUCAUGGACGCUUAGAUUACAAGAGAUCCCAGUAUAUGAAACGGAUAACAAGACGUGCAUAUGACCAGAUAGAUAUUAAGACUUAUUGUGUUUUCAAACCGAGACUAGUACCUAGCGAUGUCUGCAGAGAAUGCGUGCAGAGAUCUUUCACAGAGCGAAUAUAUCAGAUUGAACAUCCACGAGUAGUGCGAGACUUUGAACAGGUUUCAGAAGUUGGGACUAAUUCCUUCGGCUAUUGGAUUUCCAAACCUUGGCUAAAAGAUUGGAAACUGGCGAAGCCGAAAAUGCAUACAACCUCUGAAGGCGAUCCUUCUCCAGACGCACCGGAGUACGACAAGCAUGUUCGUUGUGAGCAUGGGGGAUUGGUGCUCAAUACGACGUCACGGACACGAAUUUCAGUGAAGGGAUUGGAAAUAUUGGCAAGAUUGUUUCCGACCUGGGAGGCCUUCUCCACCGAGAUGGAACCAUGUGCGGUGUGCGAAGCUAGCAUAGAUAUGACGAAGGCUGAUCGCUUGGAGCUACGAAAACGUGCAGAGGAUGAGAAGGCCAGACUAAAGCACCUGAAUGAUAACGAACUUGUCAGGGGCGUAGUACUGCUUGAGGAAAUCCCAUGCGUGAUUCUCCCAACGCAAUUUCUGCGCUCCUGGAGGCGUUGGUUGACUCGACCUGGUGAUUUCCCAAGGCCAGAUAUUAUUGACAACGAGCCUUUCUUUUGUCAUCACCGUCUCCUCAUCUUCGAUCCCAACUGUGCCACAGAUAUGGAUUCCGCUUUGGCCGUUGUCAAACGAAGCGACUGGGAUAUUCUAGAAACUUAUUACUCAGCUGGGCCUUUGAUUACGCUGGUAAAAGAAAGUGGAAGUUCGGCGCGGUUCGUUCACGACAUACCUGUUUGUAAUCCAUGUCGGCAGAAACGAAAGCGUGAUUGGGAAAGUACCGACAUAACUAUUCGGUUUGGUAAGGGAUCGAAGCCUGAUGCGGGUGGCGACUCCAUUUCCCAAGACCCUGCGCCAAAGAUGUCGGGUGCACGACAAUCCAAGCGAUUACGGCAGGUAAAGGAACACGGCGAAAGACGAAAAGUAACGAUAUCCAAGUCCACGACCGUCAAAGAUAUCAAAGUUAUGCUUCAAAAGAUAUUCAAUAUCUUGCCCAUAUGUCAACGCAUCUUUUAUCACGGACAAGAACUAGAGGAUAACACGGCGACGGCAGCGUCGUUGAACAUUUUUGCAAACGAUAUUCUGGAACUUCGAGAACAGAACGAGCUUUACGAGCUUUCUUCGGACGGUGACGAGGUUCCCAGUAAGCGGCCACGAAGAGAAGAAGGAAGUGGCUUCGGAGGGACUUUACUAGGAGGAUCAAACAAUCUGUCGACUUCUCGGGAGCGGAGCGAGACUCCGCCAAAGAGCAGUGGAGUUGAACAAAAAUCUUGCGGAAUGUGUACAUUGUUAAAUGACUCUGGUGCUCUAACCUGUACCAUGUGUGAUACACCUUUUCAUUGAAUUUGAUACUUUUACAAACAUUUUAUUUUGGACGUAAUCAGUAUCGUGG